AUGAACGUAUACGCCAUUGGAGCAUCCAAGAACAUCGGGUAUUACUCCGCGCUUAGGCUACUAGCGAAGGGAGGAACGGUGACAUUUCUGCUUCGCAAGACAGAAGUCUUCGACGCGGACGAGACGAUACAGUCCUACGUGAAGUCGGGGAAGGCGCGUCUCGUCAAAGGUGACGCUCUCGAGAUCGAGGACGUCGCUCGAGGCUGGGCAGAAGCGCAGCCAGCUUCGCAGACACGACUCGUGGACGUUCUCCUCUUCACAGUCGGCGGCGCUCUGCACCACUUCAGCAUCAUCUCGGGCGCGCACAUCUUCCCAGAGGACAUCUGCUCGGCCGCCAUCCUGAACGUCGUCCGCACCAUCCCGCCCAACCAACGCAGCCCGCCGACUCAACCCAAGCUCAUCGCCUUCUCGAAGAUAGGUGCCACCAAGGCCUCGCACCAGCGCUUGCCCUUCGCCAUGAAAGUGUUCUACUCGUGGCUGCUCACGCCGCCGCAUGUGGACAAGUUCUGCAUGGAGCGCGUGGCAGCAUACUGUGCCGGUAUGCCCUUCCCCGACGAGGGAUAUCGCCCGGACCUGCUGCCACAAGGGUGGAAGACACUUGAGGGCAUGCCUGCGGAAGGCGCGUUCAAGAGCGUCGCGAUCCUGCGACCCGGGUGGCUGACAGAUGGGCCGGCAAAGGCAGACGACGAACAAAAUCGAGGAAAGAAAGUGUACAGAACUCGUAUUGGCGACAAGGAAGCUCUAGGAUACAGCAUAUCGCGGAAGGAUGUCUCGCACUUUGUCGUGGAAGAGGCGUUAGAGAGGUGGAGCGGCUGGGAAGGAAAGCAGAUCAGCUUAUUUUAUUGAACAUAGCGAUUUAGGCGCAUUCAUACCCUAAUUAUUAUUAUUUUGUGCUAGUCGCUAUGAGCCUCGUAGAGAUACCUCAAAUAAUUUUUGCUCAACAAGUCGAGGGAAGCAGCUGGCAAGCUGGCUUGCGUGUUCGAGCGCGAUAGGCGGACACCCGUCCAGCGAAGAUGCCAUGAAGCGCACGGACGAUAACGGAAUGUGUCUCGCGAGUGUCAGCAAUUCGUCUUCUAACUUCUGGGCCGGUAUGCUCGGGUUGCAAAAGCUUAUGAAAGCUUGCGAAGUGGCCAUCGUAAUCGUCUGCAGGAGUUUACAGCAACGGCAAGUGGCGACCAUUUUUGAUAUUGUCGCCCACAAACCGUCCAGCGCGAAAUCACGGGGUCCUCUCACGAAGAAACGAAACAUCAUGGUGCGAAGGGCAGUGCAAGGAGACAUAUCUGGGAUUAUGGAUAUGCCCCACUGCCAACGUGGGGUGACGUUCAAGCCGAAGUGUUCUAGCUGUGGCCCGACUACCUUGAUGAGCUCACGGAAUGCGGCAUCUGCGGGCGAGUCUAGCCGUAUGAAACCUAUUUCUAGC